GCAGGUGCUGGGAGAACUACAUCCGCCGGAAAACCGCUGGGGUCCUGACAGCGCGGAAAAAAAGCGUUUGCUAAAUAAUCCGAGCAUCAUGUCUGGAAGAGAAGGAGGUAAAAAGAAACCGCUCAAGGCUCCCAAGAAGCAAGCUAAAGAAAUGGACGAUGAUGAAAUGGCUUACAAACAGAAACAGAAGGAUGAGCAGAAAGCUUUGGAACAGUUGAAAGCUAAAGCUUCUGGAAAAGGACCUUUAGCCUCGGGUGGAAUCAAGAAGUCUGGGAAGAAAUGAAUUCGUGUUUUUAUUUUAUAUUUGCUUGCCAUGUUUGGGAACACACUGUCUGAUUAAAGUUUGUGUAAACAUCAUUUGGGUCCACAAAAUGGCAAAUCAUUUUCUUUCUUAGUUUAUUACUCUUGUAAAGACAAAGUUCAGGAAUAAAGUUUGUAAUGUGUGUAAA